UAACCCACAUAGCGAGCAACAAAUGGUGCGUCUGUCUGUGUCGGAGAUGUAGCUGAUGUUGGAGUUGGGAAGAUGUUUCCGCCGUCAGCGUUGCUUUAACGCGCUACUGCAGACCCUGCAGCUGGAGGACGAACAGCGCGGUAACAUCUGUUGAUCGGAUUGGAAACGUUACAGGCAUUACGAUGAGCCGCCGCGUUCCGACUUGCAGGUGAAAUUUGAGGAGAUUGAAAUGAUUCCAAAGUCCGGAAAAUCUCCAGCAGACUCACGGAAAUCUGCCGGCAUCCAUGAGUUUGCAGCUCUUGCCAGAUCCUCCUUGAAUGGUAUCUCUCAGGCAGUGAGAGACCACAUGACAAAACCCACCUCGCUGGCUCAGGGCCGGGUCGCUCACCUCAUCGAAUGGAAAGGUUGGCCUAAACCUGCAGCUCCUCCGCUGACCGCCCACUCCCAGUUCAGCUCCUACUGCAAUCUGACUGAAGGGGAGAAGGAGGCUCGCUUUGCUGCAGGAGUGGCCGAGCAGUUUGCCAUUGCUGAGGCUAAGCUGCGUGCGUGGGCAUCUAUAGAUGAUGAUGGGGAAGAUUCCGAUGAAAACUCCCACACCAACAGACUGACUCACACCUUAUCCAGCCAGAACUCAGAUGCCACCAUCUACAGUUCCACCUCUGGAGCACCACCGCAGUCUGGGGUCGACAGCACUGAGGCACCGCCAUCCGACAGACCUCUGAGCUCCCACAACAGCAGCCUGUCCUGUGGCAGGCUAGCAACUCAAAAUGUCCCACAGUCAUCACAAACCAACUCGCCCACUUUACCCAGCGACUGCAUGAGUACAUGCCUAGAGGAGGAAGAGGAGAGGCUGGAUAGCCUCGAGGAGCAGCCGGCUCCUUUGCAGGAGCAGCGCAGUGAAGUCUGCAUCUACAACAAGCCCGAGUGGAGGCCGAGGUGCAGGAGCAGCAGGUUUGACUCUUGCUACUCCACUUCUCACUCCGAGUCUCCUGGAGAGGAGGACGAGGAAGACGAGGAGGAGGAGGAAGGCAGCGUGUUUCACGAGGUUCGAGUGUGGCACUGCAGCCCCAGGAGCUUUUUCUCAGACCGGGCAUCGUCUGGGGUGGCGUCAUUCGAUGAGGAAGAAGAAGAGAGAGAAGCAGGAGAGGAAAAGAAAGAGUAUUUGAUGUGAUGUGUCGUCCACCCUUUUGUCCCUUUGAGUCUGUGUUGAUUCUGGAUAUUCUGCUUAAACUGUGAACCUCUCUCCUCCUCUUCCUCCUCCUCCACUCGCUGUCGUCUGUCUCUCAUCCUCCAGGCUGUUCAUACUGAUCCUGCUCCACUGUUUAUCGCUGCUGUAAACAGUAUAUAUGUUGGAGAGUUCAAUCAGAAUGUAAUGCUGUUGUUCACUAAGUUUUGUACAUUUUUUUUUGUGAACAGUCAUGUGUUGCUGUUGGUUUUCUAUGGCUAUUUUCUAGUGUCGUUUCCUCUGGGUCACGCUGUGUCACGUGGGUUGGGCUCUGUUUGAUAUUGAAUGCCUGAAUGUCUUGCAUAUAUAAAUAUGAGUUUUUGAAAGAA